AUGCAAUACUCUCGACGCCAGCUUCAGUUCCUUCCCUUCCCUCCUUUUCCCACUGCACCAGCCCCACCACCUGUCAGACAACCGCCCCCCGGCACCACCGUAUCCAGCACCAACAUCACAGCCCAGCUCUCCUUCAACGCAUCUGCCACCACCACAACGAAUUCUCCCAACCCUGUCGCCGUCACUACUCCAACUCCCGGGGGAGUUACGGCUAUCUCCCCAAACACGACUGGUGGUCCUGCAGCAACUGGUGCUGGUCCUCAUGGGUCGUUAUUCCCACCUGUUUUUCCGAAUCCUGUUACCACGGCGGGGGGCGCUUUGCUGGGGGCUGUUGGAGGCCCCACCACUGGAGCCUUGGCAGGAGCUGCUGCUGGUGCGGCUGCUGCGAGUGGCGAGGGCAACGCGACUGGUGCGGGAGGGGCUGGACAGGGAGCUGGAGUUACAGGAUCAGGAACCACUAUGGUGGCUGUACCUUCCCCUGCUGUCCUGCAGCAGCCACCACCACUGAUUCUGCCUCCAGCACAGCAGCAGCAGUUGACCCCGCCACUGCCACCAGCACAACAGGGAGCAGGUACUGCUGGGGGAGGUUUUCCUGGUUUUUCUGCUGCGCCUGCGGGAAAUUUUGCUGCUGGAGCUGUGCUUGGGAGUGCGUUGGGCGCUGCUGCUGGCACAGCUGCCGCUGCAGCAGGUUCGGCAGUGGCGUCAGCUGCUCAGUCUGCUGCACCUACGCCUCCCCAAAUUCCACCUCCACAGCAGCAGCAAGUUCAGAGCCCUGCCCCGUCAGCAGCUGCAGUGACACCAGGAGGUAUUGUCAACGAGACGCUGAAUGCGACGAACGUCCGCAGACUGAAAGUAGGCUAUCAACAUGUCCGCCGUUCGACGUCUUCUAGCACUCUGCGUGAUCCUCGCCGUCAUAGGAUCUGCGAGCGGGCAAUGCGCGCGGACUUUUCAGCGCCUGUACUGCCCCUCCCCGGCCCUGAGCAGCAAUGCGACUUCUUCUUCCUCUAUAAUCGAGCGCGACCGCCCGUGUUCCGACUCUCGCCGCAGCAGGUCAACCGGCUGCUCAGCCCCCCCGUGUACCACAGGUCUGGGGUGAAAGUGAUUUCCGCGAACAGCAACGGCAACAUGAGCUGCAAUGGCCCCCAGUGCAGCCCGAUUUUCUACUUCACCAGCCCCACCGUCGGGCCUUCGGGCGGCGGGCGCUUUCCCAUGGCGGCCAACUGCUUGGCGCACCACCCCAUCCCCACAUACGUCUACCAGGAGUACCGCCUAAAGUGUAUUCUUCUUUACAUGGAUAACCUCGUUUUGCCACGUGUUGGCUGGUUGAAUCCGAACGACAACAAGCAAGAGAAAUUUCCAGAGCCCUCCCUCUCGAGGCGUGCUACCAGCGCCUCGUUAUUGCAGCUCUCGUCGCUUCGCGCGCUCCCAUUCACAAGCAUGGGUGGCUUUACCGCCGUCGCUUUUCGCGCCGCCAGGAAUUCGACGCGUCGCACGUCGCAGUCGCUUAGCCGGCAACUAAGCGGUUACUGUAACAACAGUACUACUAUCGGCGAGGCGCAGUUUGCGCAUGUGAAGGAUUUGCGUCCAUCUCCCCAACCAUUCGCCACCGCCCUCCGCCACUUGCAUACCGCCCGUCCCUCUUCCGCGCCCGUCGAUGCUUCCGUUCCGCUUUCCGCUUCCGCCGCGCCUUCGUCCGCCUCCGCAUCCUCCUCCGCGCCCAGCGCGGCGGAGUUCCGCACGGGCGUGCAGCGCAACGGCAACAUCGCGAAGCUGCAGGCGGGGUACCUGUUCCCCGAGGUGGCGCGGCGCAAGGCCGCGCACAUUGCGCGCACGCCCUCCGCCAGCGCGCGCAUGAUCAGCCUGGGGAUCGGCGACACCACGGAGCCCAUCCCCGCGGUUAUUGCGCAAGCCAUGGCGGACAGAGCAGCAGGGCUUGGAACACUGGAGGGGUACACAGGCUAUGCGGGCAGCCAGGGCGAAGAGGUAAGCCAAACCAGAGGCUGCUGCGCGCUGAGAAUCAUGCCCUUCGUCAUGGCGGCGCUCUAUGUUUCAGGGCAGUGCCGCUUCCUCUGUCGCUUUCUUCCUCUGUGGUUGUUCUCUCCUCACCCCUCCUCUCCCCUCGUGCAGGCCCUUCGUCGCGGCAUAGUGGCGGCGUUCUAUGAGGGCAUGGGCGUGGCGCAUGACGAUGUGUUCGUGUCUGAUGGCGCCAAGUGCGACAUUGCUCGCCUGCAGAUGAUGUUCGGUGCCAAUGUCAGCAUGGCGUGCCAAGACCCAUCAUACCCGGCCUAUGUGGACACGAGUGUGAUCAUGGGGCAGACAGGCGCCUACGACCCCUCCUCACAGCAUUAUGGCAACAUCACGUACCUGCGCUGCUCGCCUGAGAACGACUUCUUCCCUCGCCUCGCCUCUGCGCCUCGCACUGAUAUCAUCUUCUUCUGCUCGCCCAACAACCCCACCGGCAAGGCGGCAUCACGGGCGCAGUUGGAGGAGCUCGUGGGGUUUGCGCGGCGCAACGGGUCCAUCGUGGUGUAUGACAGCGCGUACGGCAUCUACAUCGAGGACGACAGCCCUCGGUCGAUUUACGAGAUCGAAGGCGCUCAUGAGGUGGCCAUCAAGACACAUCUUUUUCCGAUACACGGGCUUCGCAGGGGUGCACGUGUGGAGCUGACAUGCUCAUAUUCCACACCUCUCUUCCAACGCUUCUUCCCUUGUCCCUCCGCCACUCCCAACCCCACCCAGGUGGCCAUAGAAACCGCAUCUUUCUCCAAGUAUGCGGGAUUCACAGGGGUGCGCCUGGGGUGGACGGUCGUGCCGUCCACCCUGCGCUAUGCCAACGGCCAUGCAGUGAGAGCGGACUUCAGCCGCAUUGCCAACACUGCAUUCAAUGGCGCCAGCAACAUCGCACAGGCGGGCGGCACCGCUUGCGUCUCGUCGCAAGGCCUCCAGGCCAUGCGGGGUCUCAUUGCUUUCUACAAGGAGAAUGCUCGCAUUCUAAAGACUGCAUUCUCAGAAGCAGGUCUAGAGACGUACGGAGGAGUGAAUGCUCCUUAUGUAUGGGUGCGCUUCCCUGGCCGCUCGUCCUGGGAAGUGUUUGAGGAGAUUUUGGCUCGCACUGACAUGGUUACCACCCCCGGGAGUGGAUUUGGGCCCGGUGGAGAAAGCUUCAUUCGUGUUAGUGCGUUUGGGCAUCGAGAGAACAUUGUUGAGGCGGCACGUCGCAUGGUGGACCUAUAUGGCAAAAGCUGA